AUGGCGGACCAACAAGAUAAUGACCUCUUGCCAGAGACAACUGAUGGUUUCAAGGUGGGGGAGAAGAAGACUCUAGAUGAGUAUUCCAAGAUGGAUGCCGAAGACGAAUCUCUUCAGCGCUAUAAGGAAUCCCUUGGGCUCGGUGGUGGUGGGAAGGACCUCAGUGACCCAAAUGAUCCUCGUGACUGCAUCAUUCUCACUCUUGAGAUGAACUCUGAAGGUCGUCCUCCAGUCAAACUCGAGCUUUCUACACCUGAUGCUCUCAAUACCUUGAAGGAUCAUCCUUUCAAGAUCAAGGAGGGUUCUAAAUUCAACCUUACUGCCACUUUCAAAGUUCAACACAACGUGUUGAGUGGUCUUCAAUAUGUUCAAGUCAUUAAGCGCAAGGGCAUCAGGAUCGAUAAAUUACAAGAGAUGAUUGGAAGUUAUGCACCCAACACUGAUAAGAAUCCUGUUCACACCAAACGAUUCGCCGACGAGGAUGCCCCAACCGGAAUGAUGGCCCGAGGUCACUACACCGCUAUUUCCACCUUCAUUGAUGACGACAAGAAGAAGCAUCUUGAAUUCGAGUGGUCUUUUGACAUCACCAAGGACUGGUAG